CCCAUACCCAACAAAAGCUACAGGAGUUUCUUUAAGUUGUCUAGUUAAUGCAUCAGUAACAGUUGUCCCUAAUGGCAAUGAUCCUGGUCAACUGCCAAAUUAUAUCUAUGUAUUUGGCGGAUUCCAUAUGUAUACUGAUGAAGUUUAUAAUGACUUGUAUAGAUUAAAUGUCACUGAAAUGAAAUGGGAAGACGUGAUUUAUUUGAAGGGUGUUCGUCCGUCGAAAAGGAUUAACCACUCAGCUUCAUUGUGGAAUCUGGAUAAAUUGAUUAUCUUUGGUGGCACAGACGAUGAAGAUCAAUAUUGUGAUGAUAUAGUCAUUCUUUAUCUAAAGUCUAUGACAUGGGAACGUCCAGAAGUGUUUGGCAAUUAUCCUAAAGGACGUUCCAAGCAUUCCGCUACUAUCCAUAAUGAUAAAUUAUAUAUAGUGGGAGGUUGUUCUGACAAUGAUGCAUCAUCUGAGGUUAAUUGUUUAAAUUUACAAACUUGGACAUGGGAACCUCCAAUUUCAUUAGUUCCAAGACACUCACAUGUUUCUUUUAUUUUUCGAAAUCGGCUUUACCUUUAUGGAGGAUAUAAUGAGGAAAUGGAUAGAGAAAAGUCACUAGUUAUUAUGGACAUUAACACGAAGUAUGUGUCAAAAAUUGAAAUCACGAGUGAUUCUGGUCCUGAAAUGAAUGCAGGAGAACAUUUUGCCCAACUGUACGGGAAUCAAUUGGUUGUGGUAGUUACUCAAUGCAUUAAACAUGGAGCACAAGAUGUAUCUAUUGGUGUUUGGUCGUUAGACUUGGAUACAUUUCACUGGCAUAAAUUUGAAGAUGGUGAUCGAUUGGUUCAGGGUAACUGGCAUUGUUUUGCCAUGGCAGAAAAUAGUUCAAGAUUUUUCCUUUUUGGAGUCGAUGAAAAGGAAUCUGACGAGUAUUUCUCUAAUGUUCUUUCCAUUGAUCUUCAAGAAUAUGGAAUUUCCAACAUCCCGCCGCCAACCAUUGGGUGGGAUUUUCAACAAUUAAUGAAUGAUAAAAACACAUCAGAUUUCAUUGUGAGAUCAGAUGAUGCAAAUUCUCCAUCAAUCCAUGUUCACAAAAUUAUACUUCUAGCCAGAUGGCCUCAUUUUGCCAAUAUGUGCAAUUCUGGAAUGACGGAAUCCCAUACUAAAUCCCUGACUAUUCCGGAGCCAUUUUCUACAGUUCAAGCAUUCAUUUACUUCCUAUAUACAGAUACACUUGACGAGAGCCUUCCUGUAGAUACCAUCGCUGAUCUUAUGGUGUUGGGAAAUAUGUACCUCAUUUCGCGGCUUACGUCACUUUGCUGUGCUCGGCUGCAAAUGAAAUUUGAUACAGAGAACGUAGCUAGAAUUUAUCACUGUGCUUCCGUUGCCGGCGCUCAUGCUUUAAAAAAGCGAGCAAUGAGAUUUAUUAAUAAUAACUUUGGUCCAGUUUCGAAGACUCGAGGAUUCAGAACAUUACCACAAGAAAUAUUGUUUGAUUUCUUGGAUAGUUUGCCAGAAAAGGCGAAAAUCAGUGUUGGUUAG